AUGUCAUCAUCUGAUACCGAAACCGUCCUGGUAGUUGGAAGCACAGGCAACAUCGGCGUAGCAGCCGUGAAAGGCGCUCUCAACUCAAAACGCAACGUUCUAGCGAUCGUCCGAAACCAAGCUUCCGCCGACAAGCUCAUCAGACAUGUCGGAUCAUCGCAGGGGAUCACCUUUGCAGAAGCCGACAUCUCGUCCGACACGGGUGUUCAAAGUGUCGUCGAAAAGGUGCGAGAAGGGCAACUACCAGCCUUCCAGCACGUAUACUCUUGCGUCGGCGGCGAAUACGUUUCCACUCCCCUUACGGAAAUCACAACGGAACAACUACGCUACAACUUCAACAUUGCCUUUGAGGCGAAUUUCUUCGCCUACCGCGCCACCGUUCCCUAUCUCCUUGCUCAGAAGCAUCCCACCAGCACCUGGACUCUCUGCACUGGCGCGCAGGGCGAAACUGCCUUCUUUCCUGUACCAGGCAUGACGCAAGGCGCCCUGUUUACCAUGAGCACGGCCGCAGCCCGCGAGAACGAGAAGACGAAUGUACGGUUCAAUGAAGUGUAUCUUUGCUUUCGGGUCGAGGUUGAUGAGCAGGCGGAGAAGCAUGGGGUUACGAGCGCAUCGGAGUUUGCAAAGGUGUACGAGAAUCUAUUGGGCGAUGAGGAGGUGAGGGGGGCGAGGGUCACGGUGCGGGAGGUGGGUGAUGUUGGAAGGUUGGUGUGGCAGAGGAAGUUUUGA